CACCGCUGUGUUGAACAGUUGUGACGGAAAAGCUGGUUCUCUUUUCCAUUACCUCGAUUUAUUAUUGCAUGAAUUAUCGUCUUAUCAAAGACGGUGUUAUCUGUCUGUGGAGGUUCGCUGGUACCCACGCUGUGUGAUCGUACUUUACCGGUGUUUCGUUAUUAGCUUUGUUAAGUAUGUUUCUAAAGAGUGACUGAUCUAAUUUGCGAUGCAGUCACGUUGCGAAUCUCAUUCCGAAAGUUAUGAACUUUGGAGAAAGUGUCUUGGUUUCAAAUAUCAACUUUAACAUUGACGGUAUGACUACGUUUCCCAGGGAUUGAUUCAUACUUCUUUCCUGCCAGACGUAGGACUACCGUGACAUUUACGAAUUCCGAGUGUGUUAUUGUAGCCACUGAAAGCCAGCUAACACGGAUCCCACCUGUAUCCCACGAACGCAACUUACGACCGUAUAUUACCAUAUGAAAAUCGAAUUCAGGACUGUGUUACCAGUGUCCUUAGUGCCAUGACAACGUAAUUAUCCCCCUGGUGGCCAGGAAACGAACUGAACAGAAGUUGUCAACCUCCUUCGGUAUCCGAUUCUUUGUCAAACGCCUCCCAGAUGUCCGAAGACGAGGUCACGGGCUCCGAACUGGAGACUGAGAACGGUGUUGCAGCAGCAGCUAGAGGGCCCCAGUACUCCCCGCAGGACGAAAGCGCAGGCGAAGACCGCGCAGCGAUGGGCCGAUGUGGAGGGAUGUCCGGAUGCAGGGUCGCUGCGCUCGUGACCGCGGUCCUAGCGGUGUGUCUUGGCGUGGCGAUGCUGGCGGGGGGUUACAACGCCCUCUUCGACGCUGCGUUCAAGUCGCAACUAGAAAUAAAGGAAGGCUCCAGAUCGUAUGAAAUCUGGAGGAAGACGCCAUUCCCUCUGAUCCUGAAGGUUUAUCUGUUCAACAUCACCAACGCCGAGGCUUUUGAGAAGGGAGCGAAGCCCGACCUGCAGGAAUGCGGACCUUACAUGACCAGAGAAUACCACGAAAAGAAGAACAUCACCUUCAACGCCAACAACACCGUCACCUAUUUCCAGCAGCGGUGGUGGAUUUGGGACGAGGAACUGUCGGCCAAUAAUUCACGAGAUGAUGUCAUUGUCACUCUCAAUACAGUACCUGUGGCAGCAGCAUGGAAUGUACACGCUAGUGGAUUUCUCCUUGGUAUGCUGAAUGGCAUAUUUAAUGCUGUCAAGGAAAAAGCCAUUAUCACCACCACUGCUGAGCAAAUCCUUUUUACUGGUUAUGAGGAUCCUGUGCUGGAUUGGCUGAAAGAACACCCACCAUUUUCAGAGUUUACCAGCUACGAUAAAUUUGCUUGGUUUUAUGGUCGUAAUUUGACAACAUACUAUGAUGGGUUGUUCAACAUGAAAACUGGAGUAGACACGCUUGAAAACUUAGGCAAGAUUGACUGGUGGAACAAGACACGAUCAACUCCAUUCUUCUCUCCUCCAUGUAACAGUGUCACUGGCUCUGCUGGUGAGAUGUUCCCUCCUAACCAGAAACGAGACCAUGUUAUCAUCUACAGUUCUGACCUUUGCAUGAGUGUGAAGUUACAUUACAAGGAGAAUGUAACCAAUGAUGGAAUAAAAGGCUACAGGUUCUGGGGUAGUAAUACCACCUUUGCAAAUGGCUCAGUUGUUCCAGGCAAUGAAUGCUACUGUGUCAAGGAUACUUGUGCUCCAACAGGGUUGCUAAAUGCAGAGUCCUGUAGGAUGGGUGCUCCUGCCUUCAUCUCCUUCCCGCACUUCUUUAAUGCCGAUCCAUACCUCCUAAACAUGGUCAAUGGUCUAAAGCCAGAGGAAGAGAAACAUGCUUUCUACAUGGAUAUUAUUCCGGAACUGGGAACACCAAUGAAUGUGGCAGCAAGAGUACAGAUCAACAUCCGCAUCCAGCCAUAUGAAGGAACAGGAAAGUUCCAUUUCCAUCGCAUUGACAUCCUGAAGGACCUGCCAAAUGCUUACCUGCCCAUGCUGUGGUUCGAGGAGAAGGCUGAAAUGCCCCCAGACAUGGCUCCUUCAAUCAAAACUCUUCUCUUCCUCUUAAACACUCCAACAUUAACCAUUGUCUGGUCUCUGUUAGUGGCUAUUGGUGUCAUAGUGGUGAUUGGCAUUCUGCUGGACCACUGGCGACGACAUCGGGCAUACGAUCCACUCCUUGAUCCUUUAAUGUAACAAAGAGUGAGAAUCCUUAUAAAUGACUUGAUGUAAGAGCAGAAAGUCUCUUUGAUAUGAAGGAAUUUUGCCUAUUUAUGCUGUGACAAUUUUCAAACCAGUAUUUUUUUUAUAAAUUAACAUUUACCAAUUUUUGUAAGGCUCUGUCUUUGGAUGGAGAAACUUAGUAAGGAAUCUUUAGAAUUGUAUUUUUAAUGCAAAUGUUAUGUAUAUUACUAGAGCAAAUAAAAACCUAGUUAAAAGAAAGGGGUGAAAAAAGGAAACGUUUGCAAUGUUCGGUCACAAAUUUGAAUUGUUACAUGCAAAUGGGAUGAAAGAGGCUUUUUCUCAAGUGUUUUGUACAUCAUAUGUAACCAAUGAGUGUUUAGCACAUGUGAUAUUUGUUAUGUAAGUGAUAUGACUUAACUACAUUUGUGGCAUAUUGAGUCAAGUGAGUGUGAAAGCAGAUUCAUUGUUAUUUGUGAAAUAUAAAGAUUAUUAAACAAUUUCUUGUACUUUAACAUAUAUAAAGAAUGGUUGUUAGUGUUUAGUACUUUAGAGAUAUCUGAGUACAUGUCUGAAUGUCAGUCUAGUCAAGACUAUACAGUGUCUCCAAAUCACCAUGAUUUAUACACACUUUUAUACUAAAGGUUAAUGCAUUUAUUCAUAAAAGUAUAUUAUACAU